AGAUUUCUGGGAAGAAGUACGGCCUCCCGUCCUCCAUGAAAACAGGGUGUCGCUCUGCAGUCCCAGCGGUGGAGAGCAGACCCAGUAUUUGGGGUGAGAGUCCACCAAAGUUUGUCACCAAACCGAACCGCGUGUUCGCCAAGACGGGACAGACUGUGAAGUUUAGCGCCAAGAUGACGGGACGCCCUCAGCCCUGGGUCAUGUGGUACAAGGCGGAGGCGGAGCUCCAUUCCUGUGGGCGGGUCAGUAUGUUCGAGCGCUCUGGUCUGCACUUCCUGGAGAUAAAGGAAGUGCGUGUGGAGGAUGCAGGAAGUUACACGUGUUCGGUGACCAACAGCGCUGGAACAGCGACCGCCUCCACCACGCUCCACGUCCAGGGUGUUCCUCAGGACUCGUCCAGAGACAAGAAGUUAUCGUCGACCCGGCAGCCGUCACGUGUUGAUACUGAGGUCUCCUCCUGCAGGAGCGUCCACCAUGCUGAGGACACACUCAGCAGGACCAGUCACCCGACAGCUGCUCCCACUGCUCCCAGCAUGGAGUCAGAGCAGGCCAGGUCCAGGCACAAGGAGCAGCAGGGCCUCCUCUCUCAGACCGCCUCCUCCUGGAGGAGCAGACCUGUACAGCUCCAUGCGGUGGCUGAGAGGAGAACUGCAUCUGCUCAG